AUGGAGGCUGAACAAGAACAACACGAACCGCAAAACAGUGAUUCAAUGGAGGCUGAACAAGAACAACAUGAACUGCAAAACGAUGAUCAAAGGGCCAGAGAAACAUCAUACAAGAAGAGAAACCCGACUGUGAUGAAGAAAGCCAAUGAACUUUCUCAAUUGUGCAAUAUCCCAGUCUGUGUGAUUUCCUAUGGGCCUGAUGGCAAUGUCGACACGUGGCCUGAAAGUCGAGAUGACGUGGUGGAAUUACUCAACAAGUACAAAGAACACAAUGAUGAGAAGUUGUUUGAGAUGAGGUUGAAUUCGUUGAAGACUAAGCUUUGUGUUAUGAAAAAUAGGAUACAAUUACUUGAGAAUAAGAAAAGGAAGUGGUGUAAUAAUAAUAAUAACAACAGUACUACGGGCAUACCCAAUAAUAACAAUUAUUAUGAUCAGGUUGGAAGUAGUAGCGGUAGUAGUAGAGCUAAGGUUGCUCGUGCUUACAAAUUAAUGAAUAAUGAGUACUAUUAG